AUGGCGUGGGGCCAGCGGCACCCCCUGAGCCCGUUCGGGAGCUCGCCGUCCCUGCUGCUGUGUUGCUCCAGGACCGCUCUGGGGCAGCUGAUUGAGCCAGACCUCUCGGUUCUUGGUGGACGAAGAAAUGGCUGUGAAGUGGAUCUCCUCCCGGCCUCCCAUCCUUGUCUAAGAUCCUCCUCCCACUCCUCGGAUUUCAGGUCGGACGAUGCUAGCAUCAUGGGUAACACAACAGAAGGACGGGUGCUAAAUGAGAAAAAGCACCCACUCAGAGUAAACCAAGUUAUUACCCUGUGCUGUAUCUUCAAAUGUCGGAUCCCGCGGACCAAGAAGGAGAUCGAGGCCCGUUAUGCCAAACGGAAAGCCGCCAAAAAGUACGCCGACAAACUGGAUGGGGUGCCGCCGCUCAACGAGCUCACGGAAAUACCAGGAGCGGCUCCAACCCCAGGGGAGAACAAAGAGGAGGAGGAAGAAGAGGUCCCCACCGUCUCCGGCAAGGUCGACGAGAAGAACGGCUCCAAGAAGAAGAAAGAGGGCGAGAAAGGAGGCAAGGAAGGAUCCAAAAAGAAGAAGCCAGAGGAAGAGAAGGCCAAAGGGGAGGCAGCAGGGGGGGAACAAGGGAACUCCAAGGCCUCCACCAAGAAACCGGCACCCAAGAAAUGAGCAGCAAUGACCCAACUGGAGAUGAAAAGCGAGGCAGGAUAUGCCUGGCCCAGCAGACCAGGUUAUGGGAUACACUUGUUCUGCAAAACAUAAGAACAUAAGA